AGGCCAUCUUUCCGCCAGAGAGCGCACCCCGUCUCCUGUGCUCCUCGCCCACAGCAGCCACACAGCCGAGGCCACCUGCAUCUCCGCUCCAGCACCGAUGGACAUUGACGUCAACCCUGAAAGCGAGCUCGUCAUCCUUGGCGGCCCCUCGCAAUCUUCCAACGAUGCAAACAAGAAAAAAAAGAUCCACAAGGUCAUGGUCGACAACCCAUCGUUGGACCUGGAGACCUACAUCUCCAACUACGCCGGACAUGCCAAGAUCAACCGGCUUCUGUAUAUCGCCGAGCGAUGCCCUUCUCUCCAACUGGACGCAUACCGAUAUGCGCUGGAUGAACUGAAGACAUCAUUGAAUACCGCCCGAUAUUACAACGUCUGUCUGAGCCUGAACGAAGCGCUGGUCCUCCGCGGCGAGGCUAUCGCAGCCAUCGACUCUGACUGGAUCGCCGCAACUGCCCAAGCGGUCAAGGAAAAGACCGAGCGACUCGAUGCGGAGCUGCGUGGAUACAAGAUCAACUUGAUCAAAGAGAGCAUUAGGAUGGGCUACAGCGACCUUGGAAGCCAUCUGUAUGAAUGUGGCGACCUUGUCGGGGCUCUACGCAACUACAACAAGACCCGAGACUACUGCACCACGGCCAAGCACAUCAUCGAGAUGUGCAUGAACGUCAUCAAGGUGUGCAUUGAAUUAGGAAGCUAUAGCCACAUCCCGUCGUAUAUUGCCAAGGCAGAGGCUGUGCCGGACAUUCCCGAGAAAACAGCUGCUGCCGGUCUGUUCAAGUGCGCCUCUGGACUAGUUAGCCUCGAUCUUGGAAACUUCAAGCGCGCGGCCAAGAGCUUCCUCGAGAUCACCUUUGAUCCCAGCGGAAGCUAUACCACACUACUUUCGCCCAACGACGUUGCAAUUUAUGGCGGUCUCUGCGCGCUGGCUUCGUUUGAUCGAACCGAGCUCCGGGUGCAUGUGUUCGAAAACACAAGCUUCAAGCAUUUCCUGGAGCUCGAGCCUCAAGUGCAGGAACUGCUGACGAGCUUCUUCAAUUCCAAGUACACCUCCUGCCUGGAGCUGCUUGGAAAGAUGAAGAACGAUUUUCUCCUCGACAUCAACCUGUCGAUUCAUGUAGACACCCUCUACAGCAACAUCCGCAAGAAGGCCCUUGCCCAGUACUUCACCCCCUUCUCGUCCGUGGACAUGAAAAAGAUGGCGACAGCGUUCAACACUUCUGUGGCCGAACUCGAGCGCGAGAUUGUUGGGCUUAUCACCGAGAAGCAAAUCCAGGCCAGAGUCGACAGCCACAACAAGGUCCUCCGACUCAAGUCGAACAACCAGCGCUCGGCCAUUUUUUCCAAAUCACUCAAAAUGGGCGAGAGCUACAAGCGCGAGGUUUCACUUGCAAUCGCGCGACUGAAGCUCAUUCGUGCCGAUAUGAUUGUGAGGCCCGAGGAAGAAAUUCCGAUUUGAUACGAUAUCAGCCAGAGAGAUGGGCCUCUCCAAGUGGCACGGCAAGGGUUAGCAGCCAACUGCUGACCGUUUGAUGGCUGCUCAACGGCCGUUUGUUCUGCAGAGAGCGUGUUGGGACUGCGUCCGCUCACAAAUGUUGAUAGGGAAACGGCUCCGACUAAAGUGCCAGCGGACACGGCCCAUCCAGGAACAUCGAUAAUAUCAAAUCAAUUGCUGCCUCGGCAUAAGCGAGCGAUGGGGAGCACCCCAUUCCAUGGGCGUUUGUGCUGAUAGUGACAUUGAACUUGCGCACCCGGAAGGGACGCGACACCAACCCGGAACAGCGACC